UUAAGGAGGAAGAGGUUGAUGGGAUCGGGAUGGAGUGAAAAUCGACAUUUGGAGACGAGUUCAGGUCGCUCGGGGAAGAUCAGUUGCAUUCACAACGUGUACCCCAACCUAUCCAAACAUGUCGCAAAUCCCUACAACUUGACGCUCAAACAUCGAUUAAUCCACCAUAUUCAUCCAGCCACUUCCUUCUUCUUCUUCUUCUUAUUCUUCUUACUCUUACCCCGAAAUCACGAAAAGAAUUCGCGAAACAAAAUGAUGUUAGCCACUUACAAUUGCGGCUGCCCACCACCAUCGAAACCCUCGUGCUCGCCUUGCUGCGAAACGGCAGGUCCCGAGAAAAUAUCGUCCAUCAAGCAGCCGCCCAAACCUACAGAUUGUCCCGAAAGCUCCUGCUGCCAGAAACGUCCAUUGAAACCUGUUAUCCCUCAGCCAAAGAUAAAAGAACCACCGCCAUGUUGCCCCGUGAAGCCUUCGAGCAUGUACGAAUUCGAGAGGCCUAGCAAACUUCGUUCGGAUAUCGAGGAGAAGGGUUUACCGUACAAGCAAAUGGAAGUUAUGAUCAACGACAACAAAGUGGUGCUGAGAACCCAGAAGGAGUUCAAGAAACCCGAAUACGAUCCACCGUGCGAAUGCAUCGAGGAUCCGCAGUCCAAAGUGGAGGAGGCGAAUGAUAUCGAGCAGGCCCAGGUGCCCGGGAGCAGGACGGUCACUCUGUAUCCCAAGGUGAAGGUCGGUGAGGUGCCGGCCGAAGGGGAUAUGAAAACAAAGGAUGAAGCGGUGAUGGAAAAGCCCGAGAAGGAGCAGAAUCCGAAUUUAUUCAUGUUCAAAAUGAAGAAGGUAUCGGGCAUGGGUGAUAAGGCGAUACAAAUAGAUUUUCAGUUCAAGGUGGCGAGGCCUUGGUCGUUGCAGAAGCGAAAGGAGAUAGAGGAUCAGAUAAAGAUGUGGGAAAAGCCUCUCGAGCCUGUGGUGGAAGAGGUGAAGAAAGUGAAGAUCACGCCCAAACCGAGUAAGACGGUUAAGAAGAAAAAGAAGAAGUGAAUUCAUAUCCCGUACCAUUCAUAUUCUCUCAUAAUUUGUAAAUAGAAACGAAACUUGACCAAACGGCGAUUAAAAAUGUAACUG